GGCCCUGCUCCCGGACAGUUAAAGCAUGGGUGGAGGCACAGCGGGUAAGAUGCCGCAGGGCACACGCUGUGCAGACGCUCAGCGCACAGAUGGAGCGUCUCCCUCCAGGUGUCCGAGAAUUUGUGAUAAGAGGAGCUGAAUUGUGUGAUCCCCAAAACAUCCACAUAUGUGAUGGGUCUCCUUCCGAAAAUAACACCCUUCUGACCUUAUUACAGCAGGAGGGGAUGCUGAAGAAACUAAGCAAGUACUCUAACUGCUGGUUGGCAAGAACUGACCCAAAAGAUGUAGCCCGAGUGGAGAGUAAGACUGUUAUAGUGACUGACAGGCAAAGGGACACUGUGCCAAUUCCACUGGAAGGUGUAAAAGGACAGCUGGGGAACUGGAUGUCCCCUCAAGACUUUGAGCGAGCAAAAAGUGAACGUUUCCCUGGCUGCAUGAAAGGUCGCACUAUGUAUGUAUUACCAUUUAGUAUGGGCCCAGUUGGUUCCCCACUGUCUAAGUAUGGGGUUCAGCUCACAGAUUCUCCCUAUGUAGUGGCCAGCAUGCGCAUCAUGACUCGAAUGGGUAAACCAGUGUUAGAUGUACUGGGUGAUGGUGAAUUUGUGAGAUGCUUGCACUCCGUGGGACAGCCACUUCCUCUUAAAGCCCUUGUGAAUUCCUGGCCCUGCAAUCCUGAAAAGACAAUAAUUGCCCAUGUCCCUGAUAACCGUGAAAUUGUGUCCUUCGGCAGUGGAUAUGGAGGAAACUCUCUGUUGGGGAAAAAAUGCUUCGCUCUGCGCAUUGCCUCCCGAAUCGCAAAGGAUGAGGGCUGGUUGGCGGAGCAUAUGCUGAUUUUGGGGAUCACAAACCCUGCUGGACGUAAGCGUUACAUCGCAGCUGCUUUCCCAAGUGCAUGUGGAAAAACAAAUCUGGCCAUGAUGAAGCCAGCGCUGCCUGGCUGGAAAGUACAGUGUGUGGGAGAUGACAUUGCCUGGAUGAAAUUCGACAGUGAAGGAUGUCUCCGUGCGAUUAAUCCAGAAAAUGGAUUUUUUGGAGUGGCUCCUGGCACUUCUAUAAAGACCAACCCCAAUGCCCUUAGCACAGCGGAAAGAAACACUAUCUUCACUAACGUGGCAGAGACCAGUGACGGAGGGGUCUAUUGGGAAGGGCUGGAUCAAGAACUACCUCCCGGUGUUACAGUUACAUCCUGGUUGGGAAAGCCAUGGAAGAAAGGAGACAAAGAGCCCUCUGCACAUCCAAACUCACGCUUUUGUGCACCUGCUGCUCAGUGCCCUAUUAUGGAUGAGAGUUGGGAGUCUCCAGAGGGUGUUCCUAUAGAUGCCAUUAUUUUUGGUGGGAGACGGCCUGAAGGUGUGCCGCUAGUAUAUGAAAGCUUCAACUGGAAUCAUGGUGUGUUUGUUGGGGCUUCUAUGAGAUCUGAAGCUACAGCGGCUGCAGAGCACAAAGGCAAAGUUAUAAUGCACGAUCCAUUUGCAAUGCGUCCCUUCUUCGGAUAUAAUUUUGGCCACUACCUCUCUCAUUGGCUGAGCCUACAAAAAAGGGAAGGUCUUCGUCUUCCCAAAAUCUUCCACGUCAACUGGUUCCGAAAGGAUGAAAAUGGACAGUUCUUAUGGCCAGGUUUUGGUGAAAAUGCCCGUGUGCUAGACUGGAUCUUCCGUAGAGUAGAGGGAGAAGAGAGUGCACUGCAAACUCCUAUUGGCUAUCUCCCUGCUGAGGGUGCAUUGAAUUUGCAAGGGAUAGGUGGAAUUGACACAAAUGAGCUGUUUUCGCUCCCGAAAGGAUUCUGGGAAAGAGAAGUACAAGAGGUGGGUAAAUACUUGAAAGAGCAAGUUAAUGAUGACUUGCCACCACAAAUUAUGGAGGAGCUGAAGGGUCUUCAUACCAGAGUGAGCCGCAUGUGA